AUGCUCAGCAAAGAGCAAUUAACAGAUUUAUCGGAGCACUUCCGGACAGUUACCCCAGAUGGCAAUGGUUUUCUGGUAAGAUCUGAUAUACAAGGAGCUUUGAAAGUUGUGGGGAUUGAUAUUCCUGGAUAUAAGUUGAGAGACUUGUUAGAUAAGUUCGGUAACAAAGCCGAGAUUGAAAUUCGCGAAUUCACUGGAUUAUUUGACGAGUUAGAUAAGGUUAAGAAUGGUGAAGCUAAUCGUUGGAAAGAGCGUAUAGGUUCCGUCAGUGGAACAUAUCAAGUUCAAAGUGAGAAGCAAGAGAAUACAGUUCAUACAAUUCGUGUUGAGGAAGAAGUAGCCUUUUCCAAUUGGAUCAACAGUAAUCUUUCGAUCGAUCCUGAUCUUAAGAGGCUUUUGCCUGUUAUACCCGAAGGCGGAGAUAUUUACGUGAAGGUUCAAGAUGGUCUUAUUCUUUGUAAACUCAUCAACCUUGCCGUUCCCGGAACUAUCGAUGAACGAGCUAUCAACAAGAAAAGUCUCAAUACAUACACUAAACUUGAAAACUUGACUCUAGCCUUGAUGUCUGCUCAGGCUAUAGGAUGUAACAUUAUCAAUAUUGAUAGUACUGACUUGAGUAAAGGAACACCUCAUUUAGUUCUGGGAUUGCUUUGGCAGAUCAUUAGAAUUGGUCUUUUCAAUCAAAUUGAUCUCACUCACUGCCCUGGACUCUUCCGUCUGUUGAGAGAUGGUGAAACGCUCGACGAUUUAAGGAAACUUUCUCCUGAAGAAAUUUUGAUCAGAUGGGUUAAUUAUCAUCUUGAAAAUGCUGGAGUCAGUCGCAGACUCAAUAACUUCACAAGUGACAUUGUUGAUUCUGAGAUUUAUACAUAUCUUCUGAACCAAAUUGCUCCUGCUGGAACUGGUGUAUCUUUGGCUCCUUUGUCUGUUAGGGGUAAUGUUGAUCGAGCAGGCGCAAUGCUGGAAGAAGCUGAUAAGCUUGACUGCCGAGAGUUUGUUACUCCUUCUGACGUCGCUAGUGGAAAUUACAAACUUAAUUUGGCUUUCGUUGCUAAUCUCUUCAACAAACAUCCUAACUUACCAGAUCCUGGAGCUGAUGAUCAAGUUGAUUUGGAUGUGCCUCAGGAAACUAGAGAAGAGAAGCAAUAUAGAAACUGGAUGAACUCUAUGGGCGUUAACCCAUACGUCAAUUGGCUCUACAGUGAUCUUCAAAACGGAGUUAUCAUUUUCCAACUGUAUGACAUAAUUCGUCCUGGAAUCGUCAACUGGAAACGCGUUGUCAAAGUUUUCCAUAAACUUCGGGGAAUGAUGGAUCAAAUUCAAAAUUGUAAUUAUGCUGUUGAAUUAGGGAAGCAACUUGGUUUUUCACUAGUUGGAAUCCAAGGAAAAGAUAUCUAUGAUGGAAAUCAAACUCUCACUCUCGCCCUCGUAUGGCAACUUAUGCGUGCUUACACCUUGACUAUUUUGGCAAAAUGCACUCAGAGUGGAGAUUCAUUGCCUCUUGACAAGGAUAUUGUCCACUGGGUUAACGAAAAGUUAGCGAAGAGUGGAAAAUCAUCUUCUAUCAAAUCCUUCCAAGACUCAUCAAUUUCUGACGGAAGGGUCAUUAUUGAUCUUAUUGAUAGCAUCAAGCCGAAAAUCAUUGAUUUCUCUUUGGUUCGAACUGGAGGUUCAUUUGAAGAUAAAAUUGAUAAUGCUAAGUAUGCUAUUACCUGUGGACGUAAAAUCGGAGCAAAGAUUUAUGCUUUACCAGAAGAUAUUGUUGAGGUGAAACCAAAGAUGGUCAUGACUGUAUUCGCAUGUCUUAUGGCACGUGAUUUUAUGCCUGAUAUGAGAGAAUCAGCAUCUGAGCCAAUCCCUGUUAUCCACGAAUAG